AUGACAGACAGUUAUGCUGCUGAUUUCAUUGGUGGACUGCAUAACUCGCAUCAACACUUUGGCCUUGGUCCAGUUAUGAAUGACGCAGCUGCCUUCCUUUUAUCUCUGACAGGUGGAGAGCUUGAUGAUCCAGAAAUUGAGGAAAGUUCUAAGGACUUCGUCAAGCAAAUUCAAAUGUUCUAUCCAGAUGCACAUCUUUAA